AUUCUCCUUCAUUAUCAAUCUUUCUACGUAUAAUUUUCUGAAGCAUUAUUCAGAAAGAUAAAAACUCUGGUAUCAAACAAACUCAUGACAGGCGUAGAAGUUCCUAUUCUCUCAAGACUCGAUCGUCUCGAUAACAUUCUGAAGCAAGUGGAGGACAUCAGGGGUGCCAAUGGAACUCCAAGAAGCUCAUGUGGGUCGACUGGAACAUUAACAAGUGAUGGACAAGUUUCGUCCGUCGAUUUCUUGUCGCCGAAGAGCUUAGAGAAGCACUGCCGUCCGAUUGACGAUGUGCUUAUGGAGACGGAGAUGAAAGGAAGUCUCAUGGAAAGGAUAGUCCACGUCGAGGAUCGUCUCCUGCAAUUAGAAGAGGAAAUUGCGGGGUAUAAAAAGGUGGAAGGGGAAGGGCAGCCGAGUACUCCGACGACUCCGGAUGAGAAAGGAUUGAAGAAAAAGAAUCUGAAGCAGCUGGUUAAGUCGUGUGUUAAAGGGAAAACUAAACACAAGAACAAGUAGGGACUUGUAAAUUUUGUUCCUCUCUUUGGUGUAAUCUUGUUGUGAUAUAUAUAUGAGGUUCUGAGCGCUUC